AUGCUGUUCUUGCUGAAUGUUACCAAAGUCCUUCCCCUUCGCAACAUCUCCAUUCAAUCAGAAGGAAAGGCUGUUAAUAAGAUGGGAAAAAGACGUGCCUCCACUGGCAGGCAGCCACCUGCCAAGCGCACCAAACCAGCACCAACUCCCAAGACCACCAAGGGCAAGAAGUCAGCACAAGUGGAAACUUCCUCUGCUCCACUAGAUCUGCAGCAGUACAUUGGCACGUUCGACGACAUCAACUAUGACCAGGCGCGAAGAUGGUGCACGUACUUCGGCAGGAAAGGCAGAAGUGGAAAACUGCCAGAACUCCAGGACUGGCUGAAGGAGAAGUAUGAGCGUCACGGCAAAGGACCUCUAGACAAGCCGAACGACCUUCCGCCAAGCAGAUCCGCUUCGCCUAAAUCUUCACAGGAUAGUCCAGGAGAGAAGUCGCCUGGAUCCGACAGACCAGGUAGCCGGGAAGGAGCGACGCCGGAUGUCGAGCCUGACGAGGCUCCAAAGGGAGUGUCCGCGGAGAGUUCGGCACGUCCAGAUGCCUCGGAAAGCGUUAGAGAUGCAUGGCGCCUACUGCGAACAGCUGCCAACAUUCUCGAGCGUGAUCGCGAGCACGAUGGUGUCGAGGAGGCUCUUGAUCAGCUGAAAGACGUGUUGUACACAACCCUGGCCAACUAUAUGGUCAUUGAAGUGCCCAAACCCCCGGACGAGUCUGAAGCUGUUCCCUCAGCACCAAGUUCGCGUAACCUCGAGGCCCAAGGAGCGGACUUGCAGAGACUCUUUGAUCUUCGAGCCUUUCCCGCAGAAAAGGGGGAAGGAGAAGGAGAAGACGACGACGAUAUCGAAUACCUCGUUCUCAAAAAGGCCAGCCUCGAUGACGACACUGAUGCAAUCAUCGCGCGAGUGCGCGAGAUGGAGACACUCGAAGAGUUCGAGCAUGUUGGCACCUAUGCCAAGCUUGUCGACCUCGCGCUGAUCGAGCUGCGCGACGACCAGCCAAACGACCUGGAUGACGGGUCCGGGUCUACAGAGUCGAUAGAGGGCUUCGCUGAUGAACUGUCCUUCACGCCACCGCGUGCAAUGUACGACCCGGUCUCGCGUUCAGUGCCUGGGACUCCUGGGCCGCGGAAGAUUCGGCGUGGGACGCGGUAUUGA